AUGUGGGGCAAACGGUCGCAAAAGUGGAACCAGUUGUCUUCCGGUUGGGGCAAGCGGACUCCACAAGCCCCAGACAACGUCGACGACGAUGACGACAACGAAGGCCUCGACACGCAGAAAGAAAAACGCGGGACCUGGAACAAAAUGACACCCAUGUGGGGCAAACGCGACGCCAAAAUCGACCUCGCUUCUCUCGCAGAUGAGCUGGAAAAAAGAGCCCAAGCUGGUUGGAGUCAUUUGAAUGGAGCCUGGGGGAAGCGGUCUGCUGCUCCAGGUACCUGGAAGAACCUGAAAGGGGCCUGGGGGAAACGAGAAGCCCCUGACCAACAGCAGCAGCAACAGGAACAGCACCUGAUGAACUCGUCGCCCGCAGGAUCUGCGGAACAUGGGAAAGGACCGGAAAGACCUUUAGCCUCAGAAGACAAGGAAUGAAGAAAAAUCCAUUAUCACUGCUACACUUUCUAGAGCCCAUUAUCUACACCAACCUUUGCUCUCUACACAAGAAACAUGCGUGACCGGAAACUUUGUGAAUCUUGCCGAAAAUUUUGGCUGAAUUCCGCAGCUUCCCCUUCCAGUGUUAGCGCUUGCGGCAGAGAGGGAAAUUAUUACAAUGGAAAGUUUAUUAGAUCUUAAAAGGAUGUUCUAUUUAGCAAAGUAACCUAGAGAUGUUUGAACAGAAGUUCUACUUUUCACAAGAACGGAUAUAGAGAACGUUUUUCUUGAAGGAUGUGGAAAACCGCGCUGUUCGAGGAAAGCAAAACUUUUUUUCCUUCUCGAUCCCCAUGGCGACGAGCCUUGAAAAUGUUUAGAGUUCACAGCAACAUCGCUUUUGCAGUAAAACUAUUCAGAAAGCUUUCCGAAGAAGCUCGCUUUCGAUUUCAAGAAUCAUUUAGACGAGAAGUUCUCGAACAACUUAAAAGGGAAAUUCCGGGGCACGGGGACGUCAACUUAUUCGUGACUUCUUGUUUUUGCUGCUUUUUCUGUUUUUCUUAUGUGCGUGUAUACAGGUAGAAGACUUUGAAGAUACGCAAUCCUCUGCCUGACAAGAAAAAAAAAUUAGUUGCGCUGCUUUUCUUGAGUCUUGAUUCAGAAGGAAAACGUGAUUUUUCCUCGAGUCCGCUGGAAAUGAAACAAGGAAGACUGAGAGAAAAUGACGGAUGUCCAGGGUUUUAAUUUCGAUUAUGUACAUCUCCGCUUGAAUAAUGCGCAAUUGUAGCACACAGACACACACACAAGAAUUUUGACUAUUUUCCAGAGAGUGCAAGCCAACAAGAAAUCUUCCGAAUUUGCUGGAAAGUAUUAUUACGAAGCAGAAGAUUCAUUCACGGCUGAGGCGGACGAUGCUUUUUCGCCGGAACGUUUUUUAUGGUUCCAAGACAGGCAAGAAAUAAUUCUGCUUCAUGAAACUCCGUCAAAAACCGGACAUUUAUGCAUUCCGGACCGGAACUCAGAUGACU